CUGCUGAUCUAUUUGGGAAGUUGGCUGGCUCUCAAGGCAGAGUCUCUUCUCAAAGGCUGUUUCACAGUGAAAAUAUGCUCAGUGCAGCCGAGUGCAUGAAUGAAAAAGCCUCUGGUACCUUCUAGUCUGGCAAAAUGCAGCACAAAACUCAACUUACUCUGUCUUUUCUGCUGUCCCAGAUUCUGCUGCUUGCAUGGGCAGAAGAUUUAGAAUGUGUCCCUGGAUUCCAGCAGAAGGUUUUUCAUAUUGAGAAGCCAUUUGAAUUCACAGAGGACCGGCUGGUUCUGAACCUGAAAUUUGAUGACUGCAAGGGGAAUAACCAGUUGAACUUCGAGGUUUCUAACCCCGACUUUAGGGUGGAAGGCGACGGGUCUUUGGUUGCACUAAAGAACCUCUCAGGAGCUGGCACAGCCUUGUUCGUCCGCGCUCGCUCCGAGCACGCUGAGGAUACGGCGGAAAUUUUCAUCGCUGGAGCAAACGAAAAGCACGGGGCACUAAAGGAAAUCCUAAAACUAGAAGGCAACGCUGGAAUUCCAAGACAAAAAAGGGCUAUUUUGGCAACUCCAAUAUUAAUUCCUGAAAAUCAAAGACCACCAUUCCCCAGACAAGUUGGCAAGGUCAUCAGAAGUGAAGGGACAGAGGGAGCAAAGUUUCGACUCUCUGGGAAGGGAGUGGAUCAAGACCCAAAAGGGAUUUUUAGAAUCAAUGAGAUCACUGGGGAUGUGUCUGUGACCCGAACCCUCGACAGAGAAGCCAUUGCCAAUUAUGAGCUUGAAGUUGAGGUCACAGAUCUGGGUGGGAAAACCAUCGACGGCCCAGUGCGCUUGGAUAUUUUUGUCAUUGACCAGAACGACAACAGGCCAAUGUUCAAAGAAGGGCCUUAUGUGGGGCAUGUCAUGGAGGGAUCUCCCACAGGAACCACAGUGAUGAGAAUGACAGCAUUCGAUGCUGAUGAUGCCAGCACGGACAAUGCUCUGCUGAGGUACAACAUCCUCAAACAGACCCCCACCAAACCCUCCCCAAACAUGUUCUACAUCGACCCAGAGAAGGGGGAUAUUGUGACAGUGGUGUCUCCUGUGCUGCUGGACCGGGAGACUAUGGAAAGCCCAAAAUACGAGCUGGUUAUAGAAGCCAAGGAUAUGGGGGGUCUUGAUGUGGGACUGACUGGCACAGCAACUGCCACUAUUCUUAUUGACGACAAAAAUGACCAUCCACCAGAAUUUACCAAGAAGGAGUUUCAAGCCACAGUGAAGGAGGGAGUCACAGGUGUCAUAGUGAACUUAACUGUUGGCGACAGAGAUGACCCAGUGACUGGAGCAUGGAGAGCUGUUUACACCAUCAUCAAUGGAAAUCCAGGGCAGAGUUUUGAGAUCCACACCAAUCCCCAGACUAAUGAGGGAAUGCUCUCUGUCGUCAAACCUUUAGACUACGAGAUCUCAGCGUUUCACACGCUGCUCAUCAAGGUGGAGAACGAAGACCCUCUGAUCCCAGACAUAGCCUACGGCCCCAGUUCCACAGCAACAGUCCAGAUCACCGUGGAGGAUGUGAAUGAGGGGCCAGUUUUCCACCCAAACCCCAUGAUGGUGACAAAGCAGGAGAACAUCCCCGUUGGCAGCGUGGUGCUCACAGUGAACGCCACCGACCCCGACACCCUGCAGCACCAGACCAUCAGGUAUUCAGUUUACAAGGACCCAGCAGGCUGGCUGGAAAUCAACCCUACCAAUGGCACCAUCGGCACCACGGCUGUCCUGGAUCGGGAGUCUCCCUACGUGCAGGACAAUGUGUACACUGCCCUCUUCCUGGCAAUAGACAGUGGUAACCCUCCUGCCACGGGGACAGGAACUUUACACAUCACCUUGGAGGAUGUCAAUGACAACGUCCCGUCCCUUUAUCCAACACUGGCAAAAGUUUGUGAUGAUGCAAAAGAUCUCAGGGUAGUGGUACUUGGAGCAUCAGACAAAGACCUUCAUCCCAACACAGACCCUUUUAAAUUUGAACUGAGCAAGCAGUCUGGCCCAGAAAAAUUGUGGAGAAUCAACAAGCUUAACAAUACUCACGCCCAGGUCAUCCUGCUUCAAAACCUGAAAAAGGCCAAUUACAACAUCCCAAUCUCAGUGACAGAUUCUGGAAAACCCCCUCUGACUAACAACACAGAACUGAAAUUACAAGUGUGUACCUGCAAGAAAUCCAAAAUGGACUGCAGUGCCACCGAUGCCCUUCACAUCAGCCUGACCCUCAUCCUCCUGUCACUCCUCAGUUUACUUUGUCUGUAAGAAUUCCUGCCAUUCGAAGCUGUCCUGCCGAGUUGCCACGGCAACGAGAAGAAGGAAACCGUCAGAUCUGAAGAUUGCAGUUUACAGUUACUGUUCUUCACUACUCGGCCUCAGUUGCUCCAGUUUAAUUUGCAACCUCACUCAAUCUGUCCGACUGUACCUUGGUGUUCGAGGGCUUCUGCCCCACUUCCCUUUCUCCAUGGAUUCCUCUUGCCAGACACAAGGUUUACGCCAAUUUUCUCUGAAUGUUAAAAGACCAUGACAUCUAAACCCGACCCUGGGGGAGCAGAAAACAGAUUGACUCCAUUUUUUUCUAUCUGUUGACUUGUUGCUAUUCAACUGUUCAGAAAAUAUUUUGUCUGUGGGUUAGUAUUUGUAUAUGUAUGAGUGUAUGUAUAUAUAUAUAUUUAUAUAGAGAGUUCUACCACAGGUUUAGCUUUUAUAAAAUAUUCAUCUGGAUCAAGGGAGAAAGCAGAAUAAUACAGCCACAGAUGAAUUGUACCUGUUCUACCAUGGCUAAACCUACUGUAUUUGCUGUUUAUAGUGUGGCCAGGAGGAGAGACCCCAUUGCCAUCUCACCACUGUGCUGACAUGAACCAGGCAGGCCCAGGGCUCUGACGUGGCUCUUCUCGUACCUCAGGUUCAGCAAACAAGAAAUGCAAGUCCCCUGGGCUUGUUCCUGAUCUGAACUGCUUUCCUUCUGCCCCAAAUGGAGUUUAUGACCCAGGAGGAGCAGCCAGCUGGGAGGGUCACCGCCUACAGCGAGGGCAGCGCUGGGCCUGAUUUUAGAGGGGCUAAAGGGGGUAAAUCAUUUGCUGGGGCUGCUGACAACAUUUCAGCCUUUGUCAGCUCUGCACACAGGGGGAGGUGAGCAGAUACCUGCAGGUGAGCAGCUGAUCCAAGCAGCAGAAGCUCAGUGUUUCCCAGAGCACUGGUCUCUCUCGGCCCCUGCACUGCCCCGUCCCCCACGUGAGCGCCAGGAGGUCACAGAUGCCCCAUUCUAUAAAUAUCCUCACAAACACACAUAUAUAUACUUUUGAAUAUAUAUAUACAUACAUACACAUGUACACAGUUUCCAGUUAAGAGUAACAAGAGCAUUUCUUUGUGUGUGUAAACUUACCACACUCGUUUGCAGACAUGGGAAAAAAAAAGGGUGUUCGUUCUAUAUGAAUAUGGAUCCUUUUUUUAUUCUGUGAGCAUGUAAGGUCAGAAAAACCCUUCUAACUGUAUGAAGAUGAUCAUCUUGUUAAUAAAUUGUAAAUGAUCCAUCAAAGCUCACACCAAAUUUUUAUAAAAUUAACACAAAAAAGUAUACUAGUGACAGACUGUGGCUUUUAUUAGAGCUUGCCAGUAACUAGGGUAAGGUAAGUGUCUUAGAAUAUUUUAAUAAACUUGCUUAUUUAAAGUUUAAACAAGAAAGCUUCCUUAUGCAAUAGAACUUUGCAGCUGCAUUCUUUAGUUAGCAUUUUUACAGUACUUAUGAGUCAUACUGUAUGUCAUCUUUACUACAGUGAGAUUAUGAGCAUAUCUUCCACACCACGUCUAUGUUUCAAUAGUAAAGAUUUUUGGAAGCAUUAAAAAGUCCAAACAUACAUUUGGUUUUCCAUAAUGCUACACUAGAUAUUAAAUGUGUGUUGGUGGUUAAAAUUUGCUGUACAAUAGCUUUUCUCUGACUUCCUGUAUUGUACCAAAUAUGAAACAGGUUUUUUUUCUUUCUUUUUUUAAUCAAAAGGAGUAAUAACAACAGCGACAGAGGAAAAAUGAGUUUGUGUUGUGAGCUUUCCUAACGUUGUAGAUUUCCUGAUAAGAUAUGAGCUGCCUUCAGACAGGAACUUAUUUUUCUCUUUCAGCUUAACUCCUGCAGUUCUGACCAAGUGAAAACUCCCCCUGACCCCGUUUCUCUUGCAGGAGGCUCUCGGUGUCUCAGUUACCAAAGUGGUACUUCGGGGUGAGCAGGAGCUUCUCUUGGUCAAGGACAUCAGGAGUGGGCUGUUGGCAGCUGCAGGCAUUCCAGCAGGGAAGUGCCUGAUCUCAAACACUAACAUGGGCAAGCUUCUGGUUCUCUUUCUCUGCCCAUGCCUUGUGAUAACCAUAUGCUGCUGCUUUGUCAUCAACAAUCACACGUCUUUUUAAAAAAAAUAUAUAUUAUUUUCAAGCAAAAUUUUUCAGAAGGGAAAAAAAAACUCAACCAAUGUAUAACACCACUGAAUUUCCGACAUGUAUGUUACACCCAAAGAUUUUCUGCACCCUGUGCUUUGAUCUACAAAACCUCUAUCUUCAAUAAAAGAAAUUAUAAUAUCCUCCCCCACAAAUACUCUUUUUCUACUUGCUUUCUUCCUCUCUCUAUCCAGCAAAACCCUGGAAAGACACCCCUUGACAUUGGUGUCCUUUCUAUUGAGUACCAGAGAAAGCUGCCCUUCCCUCCUUUAAACCAAGGCUCACAGAGCAUUUUUUGGAUCGUUCCAUCCAAAAUGAGGAACAAAGGAAAAGCUCUUCUGCCUGGAACUACGCUGACAAUGGGAAGAACUCUUUCUACCACUCUGUGCCCAAGGAUAAGAGAUCUUUCUUCUUGGAUAACUCUGCAACCUUUGGACAUGCAGAGAGGUGGCUGAAACUCUGAACCAAGAUGCAUCAAAGCCUUCAGUCACGUUACCCCUUUAUCUCUGCACCCACAUUAAAGCCUCCCAGCCUUUACCAUGUGUCUGGGCUUCACACAGAGCUGAUCACUGGACUUACCUGAGCAUGCAAAGAGAAAAUGAAGCUGCCAUGUUAAUGUUUCUCCUUCUCUGCACCUUAGAACAUGUAACACAAGUCCGUGGCACGUCCUGCAGAGUUACACAAGGAGGAAUCGUGUCAGAAGCUGAAGUUUCCUCCCUGAAGAAGGUUGUCAUCUCUGGUUCAAAAAAAACGAUGCCCGUUUCCUGAAACAAAGGAGCAACAAUAAUUUAUUUGUUUGGGGUUUUUUUCUGCAAUAUAAUGAAAAAAAUAGAAAAUUUACAAAAUUGGUUGUAUUAUUUUAAUAGUUAAUUAUGUUUAACAUCUAUUCAGCCAAGCUUGCUGUUUUUAUAACAUACCACUUAUUCCUACGUAGCUAUUUAAUCACUACAUUUAUUUCUGUCUGUGUUUGUAGAUACAUAAUGCUGUCUAGAGUUGGAAAGGCAGGGAAACUUGAUUAUCAUUUUCUAACAUGCACAAAACUUUUUGUUUAAAAAUCAUUUCACUUGAAAUCUGCCGUUGAAACAAAAAUUGGGACUAACCAUCAGUGAGAGGAGUUUCUUGGCAAGAGAAAGGUCUCGUAUUUGGUGCACUUGCUAAUUGAACCCUUUGUACACCUGACGUGUGUGUUUUUACAAGAUAUCCGUGUGCAUUUGUUAACGUACAUUUUGUUCAGUAACUGUAGAGCUGAAGAGUAAAACAAAGGGAAAACGAGCUGAAUUUCCUGCUGGGUAUCAAGGAAAAUUAGGUAAGAGUGGAACACUGGCUGAUGCACCCUCUGAGCCCUGUUCUCAUCGUGUUUACACUGCUGUAAAUCAAAGAGCAACUCCAUUGCUGGAACUGAGACUCACAGUUAAUCAUACUCAGAUGAAAUUUUUCAUCUAAACCUCCCCACAUAUUGCUUUUACUGGUGGGCUCUGCACAGUAAAGCUGCAAUAUUUGUCACAGGGUUGCCGAGUGCUUACACAGUAUCAGAAGUCUGUCUUUUGUGGCAUACAGAGAACCUACAGCUCAGAUGCCUUGUGUCCUUCACUGACCACUUCAAUGUGUCUCUGAGGCACCCAGAAUAAUUGGCUUUAACCUUUAUUUCAAGUGGCUGUGGCCAAAUAAUUUGUCCUGUUCCCUUGCGUAGUCACUUAAUUUCAGGAUCACUCUAAUACAAAUCUCAUCUAUUAAAUUAUGGACUUACAAUCAGUUUUUAGGGUCCUUGAUUAAAUGUCUUAUCGCUACAAAAAGACAUAUUAUACUGACAACUUUUGUCUUUCCUUUUUUAAAGAUCUGUUUGGAAUACUGAGAAAGCUGCCAAUUUUCUUCUCGAAUGUUACUAAUGCACUCAGCCCCUUGAAACAGCAGAAAUCUGUACACAAAUAACUUUACAACACUUUGUCUAAAGGCCAAGUUAUUUUCAGAAUUAAUUCAAUAAUGUCUUAUUUAAUUUAAAAAAAAAACCUCUCACAAUAUAAAUUAAAGUCACAUCAGCUUGAGAACACCAAGUCGAAAGCAAAACUCUGAUUCUAUCUUGCUUUUAUUGCAUCUCUAGAAAUUCAGUUGUCUGAGAGAUACUGUCCAAUGCUAGCAAAAAGAUAAAUAAAAUAGCAAUUAUUAUCUUUCAAUUAACUCUGUGAUCUAUAAUCUUUAGAAUUAAUAUGCAAAGUACUUUAGUAAUUAUCAUUAUAACCAUUCUACCUAAAGCAGAUAUAGCUGAUUAUUUCCUGUGUAAAGCACAUAACCCACUGACCACACUUCUCUUGCUUCCCCCUGGGAUACACAAACUGGUUUGUGCUUGUCCACAUGGAAUGGAUGUACUCAUGCACUCUCAGUGGAAAGUUACUAGUUGCACAACUGCUAUGUGUGUAUAUAUGUAGAUAUAUAGAGAUAUACACAUAUAAAUAUAUAUAUAAUAUAUGCAGGUGGAGGGAGACUGAUACAGCAUGGAGACUUGGAAUAAGCAGUUUAAUUCCUUCAGUUAUGGAUGAAAAUGUGAGUUAAGGGACAGCAUGUGUUACAUGUGCUGGACUAAUCUGAUUUAAGGCAAAGAAAAAAGGCAAAAGAACCCACAAAGUAAAACCCAGACUUAUCCCAACUCUCAUGUUGUAUUUAUGCUGCCUUUAGCUGUCCCCUCUUAACAUAAUUAUAUCAUUUGAAGAUAUGCAUAAUUGUUUACUGACUCAUUUUUAGUUGUCUGUUUAUCAGCAGGUCACCAGUAGUGGGAAGGGAAGGGGUUAGAGGCAGAAUUCUGCAUUCCUGUGCUUUCAGUGGGACAGCUGUUCGGGAAAGCUUCGUCCAGCCUUGAACAUUACACGCCUCCUCUGCAUCAGCAAAUGACUGUAUCUGAUAAUUUGGGGUUAAAAUGAACGUAGCCAAAGGCCAGACUGAGUGUGUGUCCCAUUCACACCCUGCCUGGGGCUGGGACUGGAGAGUAAGGCCCUGUCUGGUGGACUGUGAUGGUGAACUCAGUACAAACAAGCUGUGUUUUUACUGCCAUUUCAGACAGAACCCUCCUGUAAAUCACAUCUACCCCAUAACAACGCUUGUCUUUUUAAGUUGCCAUCAAUAUUUUUUCUUUUUUAUGAUUUUCUUUCUUUUUCUUAAAGUUCAAGCAAGGAGGAAAAUAUUUUGUUUGAUUUUAAAGAUAUUUAAUUCAGUUAACUUUUCCAGUUAAUCGUUCCUUUGGGCCCUAGUUGCUGAAUUGCUUGCUGUUUCUGAGGUGUAAAUAAACGUUUUGAUUUAUGACGUGGUUGCAAAGAAACUUGUAAUUUAUUUGUGAAAUGCUCAAAUAAAGGAUGUAUGGGCUUUUA